AUGGAAGAAAUUAAACAACAACAACAGCAGCAACAACAGCAACAAACUAGUACAGACCUUUCAAAUCAAUACAGUAAAGGAUUACUAAGUGACAAAGUAAUAUUGGAGCACAUGAAAAGAGGAUCAGUAAUCAUAUCACCAUUUCAAAGAGAAUUCUUAUCUUCUUGUAGUUAUGAUGUUACUCUUGGUCCAUUUUUUUUCCGUGAACAAGAUUCCAAGAGCUUAACCAUUUAUAAUCCUUAUUCUGAAGGCAUGGUAAAAAAGAUAUGGGGUAGCUAUCAAACGGCAGAAAAGUAUUCAGAGUGGCUUAAAUCAUCAAAUGGAAUGACACUUGACAAUGUUCAUCUAGACGAUAUGAUCAUUUGGGUUCGUGCUGGUGAGUCCAUUCUAGCACAUACCAAUGAGUUUAUUGGUGGAGCUUUAACUGUAAAUUCAAUGAUGCAUUGCCGUAGUAGUUUGGGUCGAAAUUUUAUAGAAGUUUGUAAAUGUGCAAGUUUGGGAGAGAUUGGUUAUCAUUCACGUUGGACGAUGGAGAUUACCAACAACUCUGUACAUCAUACUAUUCCACUAAUCGUUGGACGUAGAAUUGCACAGAUUGUAUUCUUUGAUACCGAUGGUACGAUAAAGGAAACAUCAUAUGAAGGAAAGUAUCAACAAGGUUACAAUGGUGAUAUCAAUCAAUUAAAAGAUAAAUGGCAUCCAAAUGACAUGCUACCAAAGAUGUUUAACGAUAAAGAGAUUAAAAAUAGAUCACUUUCCACAUUUUCAAUGGAUCAAUACUCUAAUAUUAAUCGUAAAUAA